AUGAAGCUUACCUCUACCGUUGCUGCCAGCUUGCUCGUCUUCGCCAAUGCCGAUACCAUGACAUUAUUCAACAAACUCUCCGAAGCUCUGGUGAAGUUGUUCUUUCAAAUUCGCCCGGCGUCUGGUGGGGCACUUACUGGAAGUGCAAUCCUGGUGGCUCAAUUACCUAUCUCGGAGGUUGUGUCGGUGGUUGUUUCGAUGCCGGAGCUGGCAACAGUGACAUCUGUAGCCAUGACGCGUCUAAUUGGCUAUAAAUUGUAUCUACUGAAGGGCACUGCUUUGCAGGAACCUAGUGACAUUGGAACAUGCCGUCGUACGGCCUAG